UCAACCAAGAGUUGGCUUACGACCUUUUACUUGUGUAGUCAGUUCUCAACAUAACAGACCUCUGGUUAUAACAGACAACUGGUUAAUUGAUAUUAGGUGAUAUCAAUACUACCAAGAUAUGCAUGAAGCUUAUCUGUGCAGUGAGAAACUAACCAAAAUUUUAUCUUAAAAAUAUCACAAUUAUCUUCAGCUCAAGUAUUCAGAAUGUUCUCUCCCACUAAUACAAAGGAAUUUAAGGCUGGAAACUUUGUAUUUGCUAAGGUUAAAGGAUUUCCUUUCUGGCCGGCUAAAAUAUUAAAUGUUGACAAUACCUCCUUUAAAACAAUUGUUAAAUAUGAAGUUUUGUUUUUUGGUUCAAAUGAAACUACUUUUGUAAAUAAAAAUGAUUUACUUCAUUACUAUGAAAAUAAGUUCAGAUACCCUCUUGAAUCUGUGGCACAGAAACAUAAAAAUAAUUAUAGUGUCGCACUUAAAGAGAUUGCCAAAGCAUGGGAAGCGGAGAACAAGACAAAUAAUGGUUCCCCAUCGACCCCAUCCAUGAAAUCAGCGAAAACUCCAAGCCAAAGAUUGCAUCAUAACUCAGCUAGUAGAAGUGACAGAAAUCAGAAAGUAGAGGUACACACUUUGUCCAGUAAAAUCGAUACUGUAAAUGUGGAAGAAGUGUCAGUGAAUCCUCCAACAGAUAAAAGUGAUGUACAAAAAUUAAGUGUACUUACUGAAAAAUGUAUAACACUGGAAAAGGCGCUGAUUGAAGAAAGAAAACACAAAACAGAUGACUUUCAUACUCAAAUAUUAAAACAAGAGCUAAAUAAAUUAAAGGAAGAACUUAAAAGCCUUCAGAGGAUUAUUGAUAUCCUUCAAGAAGAAAAAAAUGAACUUACAACUCAAAUAGGCAAAAUGACUCAACAAACUCCGAGUAAUCUAAACAACAGCUUGAACACCUGCAAAAUUACUCAAGAAUCUCAAACAUGCGUCACUACCACCAAAAGUAACUCCUGGAUAACAAUUUCUCAAAAAGGAAAACUGAAUAAGGCAAAAGAAAGCAAUCAAAUAACAGAAGUAACUUUGCAGAAUAGUUUUGAAGCUUUGACGUCUACGGAUUCUGAAACAUACCAAUUGGACUCGACUGGUAUCCCAACAGAGAAAUCCACAAAUAAGCCGAAUCCCUCACAGCCAAGUAAGAAGAAAUGCAUAACGACAAAGGGUCAGGCUAAGAAAAUCAAGGCGGCAAACCAAACCUCUCGCCUGGCAAUAAUUUCUGAUAGCCAGGGCCGAGGUCUAGUGCACUGUAUUGACUUGGUGGCUCAGGGAAAAUUUGAUACCUUUGGCUGUACAAUGCCAGGAGCUCAUUUGGAGGAUGUCCUGAGCUCUUCCCUGAAUGCAGACAUCCUGAAAAACUAUAAGGAGACUGACUGGAUACUUCUGAUGGCAGGCUGUAAUAAUGUGAAGGCGCAUCAUUCUAUUGAUGAUAAGGCUGCUAUAUCAAACAAAAUCAUUAACUGUUUAACAAGUCUGAUAGAAAAAUGUAAAAAUACUAAUCUGAUUUUAACCACCCUACCAUAUCGGUAUGAUCUUCACAAUAGCCACUACCACCACCAGAUCAUUGCGGAAAUUAAUAACAAUAUCAGGGCUUUAGUCUACAAGAACAAAGAUGUCAACCUGCUAGAUCUAUAUCUAUUGGAAAAGUUCAAUCACACUCGACAUGGCUACCAUAUAAACAAAAAUGGGAAAAGAAAAGUGGCAAACAUGAUACUGGAUAUAAUUCAAACCAAAUGUCAGGCUACCCAAACAGAAAAUGACCCAACAGCCAUCAAACAUAUCACCCAAACAGUAAAUCUUGGGUGUGGAAAAAAUAUCACGAUUACUCAACAAGACAUGACCAGGGUCAUCAACGACCAUUGUAACAACAAAGAGGUCGCAUUCUCUCACACAAUAUCUGGUGACUUUGGGAACGAUAGGCAUAUGACAGCUGGGGUAGCUGUUACAUUCGCACGGGAAUUUGGCAAACCCACUCUAUGGAACUGUGUGUCUGACCAUCUGGCAUACCAGCAGGUCAAAGAUGGAGCUGGAGUAUACAGCUUGAUAACAAAGCUGGAUUACUGGGGUAAGCCCAACCUAAAUGAUUAUGACAAGGCUUUUGGACAGUUCUGCAAUGAUUUUAAAAGAAAGGGCUACAAAUAUCUCUACUGCUCUCCCAUGGGGUGUAUAAGAGAUAGAGUAAAAGUAGAACAUUUUAUAAAAAAUGUCAUCAAAUUCCAAGUGGAGACUAAGGCCCAGAUUAAAAUUGUUGCAUACAACCAAAGAUCAGCACGUGUUUUGCGGAACGGCCUGGAUCACAACACCUUCAUAAAGGAAAUGGAGAGGUGCUUGGAGACCUUUUCUUAUCUCCAGAGGGAAGAAGAUCCACUAACACCAAUAGCACCAGGAGAACAAACUUAUGCAGAUGUUGUUAGCCGCUCUUCACCAGUGAGUCCACAUCACCCACCGCUGAUUAAUCCAGUGAGCAGAGAGCAGAUGCCGACAUCAGACGUCCCUCUUCGCCUCUCUAUGAGUACCACCACUGACCACGGGAGCCUUCACCUACCAGUUACUCCGGAGUCUGACCGGUCAUUUGGUGUCAUUAGUGGUGAAAAAAGUCAAUCUAGUGUGAUAGUGAGUGGCAAUGAAGAUGAUCGGGCAACCAAGGGUAAAGAUAGUAGCUUAAGUCAUAGUUUUUUAGAAAAACGGUCUCAAGUCAAUAUCAUAGUGUAGCUUCUGGGCAAUUGUAUACUCCUACUCGAUUAAAUCUUCUUCAGGUAAAUAUUCAAUGUUUGAGAAAUAAGUUACUUGAACUUGAAAGCUUCUGUGAGGAAAAUAAAAUAGACAUAAUAUGUCUCUCAGAACAUUGGCUUACUUCUGAGGAAUUACAGGUUUUUACACCACAUGGUUACGUUCCCGGUAGUUUUUUUAUUAGAAAGAAUUUCAAAAACGGAGGUGCAGGAAUUUUUGUUAGAGAGGGGAUUGAAUUCUGUAAAUUUGAUAUGAGUAAAUUUAGUUCAGAAAUAGACAUAGAAAUUAGCUGUGUUAAAAUAAUUAAAGACAAUUUGUAUGUUAUAUCAUUGUACAGGUCACCUCGUGGCAACAUAGAUAUAUUUUUUGAGAAACUUGAAUUAGCCGUGAAGAAGGUUUUAUCGAGGGGGACCAAAGUUAUCGUCUGCGGAGAUUUUAACAUAGAAAUGAUAACAACUGAUAACAACAACUCAAUUUUGUUUUUGAACUUAUUAAGAUCAAUUAAUUUAUACUGUACUUAUUCCUCACCCACUAGAAACAAUGCCUGUUUGGACAACAUUUUAGUUAACUUCUCCCAAGAUCUGUAUGAAGUUACCUCAGCUGAGGGUCACUUUGCGGACCAUACUCCACUCCUUUUCACUUUAAAAUCUAAUAUUUCAUAUACCAAUAAAAACUGUAAAACAUCACAACAAACUUCUUAUUACCGAUCACAGAAUAACAAUGUUAUCCAGCUAUUUACCAAUGAAUUAAUAAAAGAGAAGUGGAGUAUGGUCGAAGAGCACAAAAACGGCAAGAUAAAUGUUAAUACACUGUUUGAUAGCUUCUUUAAAAGAUAUGUAGACCUUUGGCAUUUUUGUUCACCAUUAUUAAAAUGUAAAAAAAGCAAACCUACAACUAGUAAAAACAAAGUUAACUGGUAUACCAAUGAGUUAAGAGCUGAAAGAGACAAAAUGCUGACUUUAUUUCAUAUUUACAAAGAUUUGUCAAGGAGUGGCUCUGAGCAGACCCAAUUGGCUUAUAACGCUUAUCUCACAUGUAAAAGAAAUUAUAGAAAAAACUUAAAACUAACUAAAAAAAUAGCUUGUGAGAAAUACAUUGAUAGUGCAAGAAACAAAUGCAAAGCUGCUUGGGAGGUCAUAUCCCAAGAAAGCUGCAAAAGUUCCACCAAAGUCAUCCCUCUUGACCCUGAGUGUGUAAAUCAAUACUUUAUAGAAUCUGUCAAUGAACUGGUGAAAGGCAUUCCUGACACUAAUGUCAGUAUCUGUGAUUUAAUGGGUACAAGACCUAUAGCUCCUAACUCCUUUCACUGGACAAGUGUAAAUCUGGUUGAAGUUUCGAAAAUUGUUUCAAGCCUAUCAAAUUCAAAAAGCACUGAUUUUUAUUGGAUAUCCAACUAUUUACUGAAACAGACAAUAAAUAUAAUUAAGGAACCACUUGCUUAUAUAAUAAGUAGAUGUUUAGAAUCUGGCUAUUUUUCAAAUAUGUUAAAAUUGUCUAAAAUUACACCGGUUUAUAAGAAAGGAGACAGAAAUCUUCCACAAAAUUAUCGUCCUAUAUCCGUUAUUCCAAUUUUUUCAAAAUUAUUUGAAACUGUUAUGUACAAUCAACUUAGCAACUAUUUUGAAAUAAACAGACUAUUUUCUGAGUCCCAAUUUGGUUUUAGACCCGGACAUUCUACGAUUUCUGCAGUAAUGAAAAUUGUCAGUAAAGCACUACAUGCCUUUGAAAAUAAAGAAUCAGCCUUCCUAUCCCUAUUAGAUUUAACUAAGGCAUUUGAUUGUGUACCGCCUAUCAAUAUCCUUACUAAACUUAACUUUUAUGGUGUUUCUGGCGACUCCUUGAAAUUAAUUGAAUCAUACUUAAUGAACCGUAAGCAAUAUGUAAAUAUUAUGGGUGCUCACUCAUCAUUGUGUGAUGUCUCCUUGGGAGUGCCGCAGGGCUCAGUUCUCGGACCAUUUCUCUUUAUUGUAAUAAUAAAUGAUCUUCCCAAAAAUGUAAGUGUAAAUUCUAUUAUCUAUGCAGAUGAUUCCACGUUUUUUACUUGUAAUAAAAACCUUGACCUCUUGGAGGCCAGAAUAACCUCAGCUCAAAACCAAGCACAAGAAUGGUUCUCAGCUAACAAACUGCUGUGUAAUGAGACUAAAACUCAGAAUAUUUUGCUCAGUCUUUCACAAAAUCAAAACUAUCAAUCAAAAUCAAUCAUCGAUCUAAAUCAAUCUGUAAAACUGCUGGGAAUUCACAUAGACUCAAAGCUCACAUGGAAUGACCAUGUUGUAAAUUUGUGUAAAAAACUCUCAAGGGUCAAUUGUUUGUUUUGGAAACUGAGCUCCAUAAUCUCUACUGACUAUCUGAGGACUGCCUAUUUCGGACUCUUUCAGUCUCAUAUUGCUUAUGGUCUCAUACUUUGGGGACACUCUGCAAAUGUCUCAGAUGCCCUGAUUCUUCAAAAAAAAAUAAUUAGAACCAUUUGUCAAGCCAGGCCUGGAGAUCAUAGUAGAUGUCUUUUCAAACAAUUGAAGAUUCCUACAAUCAUUAACUUGUAUAUUUAUCAUGUAUUAAUAUUCACAAAAACAAAUCUAAAUUCUUUUUUUAUUAGACGUGAGGUACACAAUCACAAUACCAGGAAUAAAAACAAACUUGAAAUCCCGCAACAUAGGUUAACAAAGUUUGGAAAUUCUUACAUGGUAAAUUGUGUUAAAUUUUUUAAUAAGCUUCCCGAUAAUGCUCACACCACUCCACUUAAAGGCUUCAAAACCAAGAUGUAUCAAUGGCUUCUAGACAAUCCAUUCUUUACUAUUAAUGAAUUUAUGGCCACCAACAUAGAUAAUAUAUUUUAAGUUUUCAAAUUAAUGAUAAGCAUUAACUUUUGUUUGUUUGGAUGAGGUUUACCAAUUUUAUUAAUUUAAUGUUUAUGAAGCUGUUGUUUGGGUACUAGGCUGGAGUUGCAACUUUAGUUUUAAUUUAAAUAUAUUUAGAUAUUAUUGAUGAUUAUUAUCGAUAUUAUUGAUAUUAUUUGAUGUUAUUGACUGUAUAUAUUUAUGUUGACCAUGCCCAUCUCAUGUAAAAAUGAUCAACGGCAAUAAAUAUCUUAUGUCUUA